CCGCGCUCAAAGUUUCGAAUUUUCCAUACCCUCUGGACCGCGGAGAGCGUUCCACAAGUUUUUCCUUUUACUUUUCCGCCAAAUAAUUGUCCAAACUUGAAUUUUACCGGAAUUUUUUUUAAAUAAAUAAACAGUGUAUUUGGUUAUUAUUUUGCCAAAACUUUGAUUUUUUUAAUUUUUAAAAUGGUUUUGAUUUUUUGUGGUUUUUGGGUUUAUUUUUGAAAGAAAUUAUAGAUUUUUGUUCGACAAAAAAUGGCAGAACAAAGUGGCAGGAUGGCUGAAAAUGCUAUAAAAUGACUACGACCAGUUUUACUGGUGAAACGAUAAGAUGGAAAACUUCACCGAUGCCAGCAUCUUUGAAUCGUUUGACCAAAACCGGACCACGCCUGUUUUUGCCAUCGGACCCGAGUUUAUUGCACAAUGGAAGAUCCAGAAGCAAAAGGAAAAAAUCUGCAAGACUGUUUACCAAGGCAUCUUGUCGAUUACAAAAUGUACAGAAACUUUCAAUUUUACAUCUUUUGAUACCGAAGCAUUGAACAUAUUUGGAAGUGAAACAGACUGGCUAAUAAACAAUCAUUCCGAAAACAACUCCUCCUUCUCGACAGAGCCCUCAAUAGCUCCAGUUCUAGCUCCCUUUGAGCUCUGGCAGACCAUAUUGAUAGCGAUAAGUUUAGGUAUAUGCAUAAUCCUAACUGUGGCCGGCAAUAUACUGGUCCUUUUGGCUUUCAUUGUCGAUAGGAACAUAAGGCAACCGAGUAAUUAUUUUAUCGCUUCGCUGGCUGCUACUGAUAUGCUUAUCGGAACCGUAUCUAUGCCAUUCUUUGCUGUCUACGUACUAAUGGGAUAUUGGGAUUUAGGUCCUUUACUAUGCGAUCUAUGGCUUUCGGUGGAUUAUACUGUAUGCUUAGUAUCGCAAUAUACAGUUUUGCUCAUUACAAUAGAUAGAUUUUGUUCUGUGAAAAUUGCUGCAAAAUACCGGAGUUGGAGAACAAAACAACGAGUUAUCCUGAUGGUAGUGAUAACCUGGAUUAUCCCAGCCCUGCUCUUUUUUAUCAGCAUAUUUGGCUGGGAACAUUUCAUCGGAUACAGAGAUCUUUUACCGGGAGAAUGCGCGGUCCAGUUUUUGAAAGAGCCUGUUUUCAAUACUGCAUUAAUUAUAACCUACUUUUGGUCAACACUAAUAGUACUUUUUAUAUUAUAUGGAGGAAUUUACAAAACCGCAUUCGAUAUGCAAAAGAAAAGUGAAGCCAAACAAAGAAAAAUGCAGUCAAUGGUAGCUUUAAGUGCCGGAGCCAUGUCAGGUAUGGCAGGAAGAGCUGCAGGAAUCGGUGUGCCUAGUAAAUCGUCUUUAGAAAUCCAAGCUAACAGUGACAACUUCACCGAUAGUAAAAAAGUAAAAGAACCUACACAAGAUUCAAAUGACAAUAAUUUUUUAGAACAAGGUAAAAAACCACUUACGUCUGCAGAAGGCUUGAAAGUUAGAGAAAGUUAUGCCGCUGGAGGUUCAGGAGAUUCGAAUUCGAGUCAAAAGACUACGAGCUCGAACAAAAAUAGUUCUACGACUACUACGACAACUACAACUGUUGCAACUAUGGAGAAAAGUGUCAACUUACCGACCAAUAAGGGUUGUUUGCAAGAAGAAAAAUCGGAAAGAAGCUCCAGUCCAGCAUUCGACAGCGACGAAGACAGCACGAUAGUAAACAACCAAAAAGAAGAAACACGACUGAGUUUACCAAUAACAGGAAAAUUGCAAAAAGAAGAUAAAUUCAAAAGCCACAGAAAAAGCAUCGUGGACAUAGUCCUUCAAACUAGCAACAUGCAAAUCUUUGGUAACUCCUCUCCAAAACUCAACGGCAAACAUUCAAAUAAGAAAGAAACUCCGAAAAAACCAGCCGAAUUAGAAAUACUAAUACCAAAGCUAGCUCCUAUAUUGAAACCUACAGAAGAUGCUCAAAAACAGGAACCACGUAAACCAUCGCCUCAUCAUUUGGUAAGACCCAGCAAGCUCCCGCAACUCACUACAUCGUACAGUUCCAUAGAAAUUGGCGUAGAACCUUGUAAUAAACCCCCAAGUAACAAGAAAGUUUAUAGCACGUAUGACCUUUUAAUCGGUUUAGAUACAUCAGAUUUAAGCUAUAUGGAUGAAAGUAGCGUAGUAAUACCUUCCCCAGUAUUGGAAAAAGUCCCUAGUUUAAGUAAUGUAACCAAUGGCCAAUAUAGCCCCAAUAAUGAUAUUUAUAGUAAUAUUUCCUUCCAAAGUAAAAAUAGUGCCCCUAUCAAUGGUAGUAGCAAUAUCACUCAAACCAAUAAAAACUUUCAGAAUGUCGAAAGUCACACCAAUUCAGUUAGAAUUCAAACAGAAGUAACACUAAGCUCAAACAGGCCCAUUACAUCGUUAGUAAACAAAAAAUCUAACGGAGGAGACUCGCAAAAAAGUUCCUUCAGAGACGGAAGUACAAAAGGUUCUUUUAGAGACAGUUGCGCUAGUUCGCCGUGCGAAGGAAUUUCAGCUAUAUCUCAGACAGGUAAUGCGGCUACAAUAAUGACAGCUACUACCAUUGUAAAUAAAAAAUUCUCUUCCAAAACAGAUACGGACCCGACGACAAACGAUCGAGGAUCUAGGAGGGUGUUUGUCAAGUCGUUAGGCAAGAAACUCAAGGUGAAAAAGAAAAACUUAUCCGGGCCUCUGGGUUUCGGCGCUAGGCAAAAAUCCAAAAGCGAAAACAGAGCCAGGAAAGCUCUACGUACAAUAUCGUUCAUUCUGGGAGCUUUCGUAAUCUGUUGGACUCCGUAUCACAUUUUCGCUCUUGUCGAAGGUUUUUGCACUGAACCGCCCUGCAUAAAUCCUCAUAUUUAUAUGUUUUCGUAUUUUUUGUGUUACACCAACAGCCCGUUGAAUCCGUUUUGCUAUGCUUUGGCCAAUCAACAGUUUAAGAAAACUUUUACUAGGAUUUUGAAAGGCGAUUUACAUUUGACGUAAUUUUUUGUAAUUCUAGACUGUUGCUGGGACAGAAAACUAUUGUAAAUACUCGCUGGAAAACAAAGUGUAUACCUACUUUUGUUGGACCAUAAGCAUAUCAGAAUAAAACACAUCAAAAUCCAAAAUUUGGGAUUACUGUUUUUGGUCACAAAUAUCAAUUUCCAAUCAUUUGUACUGGAAUAUUUUUCUACGAUGCAGUAUUUCUAAUAUAAUAUCAUUUAUCUACAAAAGCUUCCGACUCAUUUUUCUUCGUUGGCAAUCUCAUCACUGUUUCAAGGAAAUUGUAAUUUGAUUUUCCACACACAAAAUUCGCUUUGUCGUUUCUUGGGCAGAUAUCUAAAGGGGUUGGUAACUCACUAAACCAUAGACAUUUCCAUAGAUCUAUAUUAUAAGCAAUGGUCGUACUAACUAAGCUAGUUGAAAUUUCUCAUUUUUCGAACUUUUCUAUCCAGCAUCCUUAUAUUAUAUAGGUGUAAAUUUGAAAAUACAAAGAAUGUCUUGCAAAAUUGAAAAAACAAGCGGGAAUAGCAGUCCAAAUUUUGUUGCUUCUAGAAAAUACAAUACCUACUCUGGAUGUCAAAAAUAUAAUUCCAUAUUAUGCUAGUGAUGGGAGUUUUAAAAAUAUGUACCUAUACAUAUCAUUUGCAAUAUCUACAUAUAACAUAAAUCCCUUUGCAAGGCAUCUCAUUGUUGAAUAUAAAAGACAAUAAAUACUUUUAGGCCAUACUUCCGAAUUAUAGUACCUAUCUUAAAAUAAUGUAUAUUAUGUAUGUGUAGCCGCUUGGAAAUACUGGGUGUUUAAAAAUGUUAAUGAACGCCCUGUAUUUUUGUUGCCAUGAUAUUAAUAGAAGGGGUGAUUUGUAUUUCUUCAAAAAUUCCAGCUUUGGCCCUUCAAUCACCCAUAGAUCAUAAGCGCAAAAAACAGAUAAUAAGCAUUUGUAACUGUUUAUACGUAGGAUCUAAAAAGGAAAUCAUUUGUACCGAAAUAGUAUACUAGAGAAAAAUACGUGUAAAAGUUGUUUAAAAUACUCAAAUAAAAUGUAAAAAUUAGUCAAAUAACAAUAGGGUAAAAAGAGAUGUGUCAAUAUUAAGCGUAAUAGGUUAGGCGAAAAUAAAGAGGUUUUGUUAAAGCGCUAUAUUUUGAGCCCAAUAUAGCGUUUUGACGAUCCAGAAAUAGUUAAUGAGAGGUAAAUAAAUGAUUUUUAUAAUAA